GAUGCAUACACUCUUUUGAAAGUUGGAACGCGGUUUUGUUUAUAUAAUAACAAUAAUAAAUUUGUUGGUUCGUUAGAAAUUCAAAAGGGAAAAAAUAUAAUUUUGUGGCGACGAGAGGGGCGGAGGAGCAGAGAUCUCUCGUUCGUUUUUUUGUUUCCCGGAAAAUCCGGAAAGGAAAAGCUAACAAGGAACGAACCUAAAGGAGAAAAAUCGUUUCUUUCACUCCACGAGUUUUCACCUCUCUUUCCUUAACCUCUCUCAAAAGCGUCUCUUCUUCCUCGUUUCUCGUUUUCUCCUUUUUCUUCUGAACACAUCUUAGAAACAGGUUGGUGGUGGUGGUAGAAUCGGUAUAGACUAUAGAUCAAUCAAAUGCUAACUGAUCGAGGGAGGCGAGUGUCUAUUUGCAUUGGGACUCUCGAAUAUGGCAACAGAAAAUUCCGUGGCGGCGGUGGUAAUGGUUGUUACGGCGGUUUCGUUGAUCGGUCGUCGGAGAGAUGCCGCGACUGGAGUCCUUCGAAAUCAUCGACUUCGAGAAUCCUGCGUAUCUCCUCUCCCACCACGUCUCCUCCCUCGUCGGCGACUUCUCCCGUCUCCCUGAAUUGCUCCUUCUCCAACGGCGCUGGCUAUAUCGAGCAUCGUGUCUCCAAGUUCGAUACUCUCGCCGGCAUUGCCAUCAAAUACGGAGUCGAGGUAGCAGAUAUUACGAAGCUAAAUGGGCUUGUAACUGACCUUCAGAUGUUUGCUCUCAAGUCUCUCCGGAUUCCAUUACCUGGGAGGCAUCCUCCUUCUCCCUGCUUAUCCAACGCCUCCUUGAACCAUGGAGAGGAUUGUUCUGAGCCAGCAGCUUCAUCAUCAUCAGCAAGCAAUGGCAACCUCCAAGACGUGUUUGACCCCUUCCAGUCUUUGAAGCUGAAGCCUUCAGAGACGAAGAUCUCUCCAGCCAUGGACUCCUUGCAAGGUUACUAUGGUCUGAAACCAACAAACGAGAGAGCUUCUUAUCCCCAAGAAGACAAUGGUCAUCAGUACCUCACACCCACCAGUACACCCUUAAACCAGCACAGAAAAUCCAGAAGCUUGGUAGAUGCAGUUAUCGCCGAGGUCAACCAAUCAUCCUACCACCAAUCCAAGGAAGUUGAUUCUGAUAAACCAACGAGAAGACGCCAAAAAUCUGAAGCUGAUUUCAGUUCGAGAACCCCGGAACUGCUUCUGAAGAAGGAGAGCAGAAGCAGCUGUGGCGGGUUUUCAGCAAUAGCCGGGAAAGGGUUAGCGCUGAGACCCAAAGCAGUUAGCAAAACUAACUUGUCAGCACCAGUACCAAUCAAUGCUCCAGUGGGAGACAGCUUCUCAAGCGUGAGGAAAUCGUUUAGCGCCUCUGUUCUGCAAGAACCGGUCAGUAACAACAAGGGUUCAUCAUCAUCGCUAUGGCAAAGCUCGAAGUGGACCCUGAAAGCAGAUUUGCUCCAACAAGCAGCCAUGGCAAGGUCUAUCUUUGACGGAUUGCCUAAGCCUCUAACUGGUCGGAGAAACAAAAAGGCUAUGGACUAAGAGAAGCUUCGUAGGUAAAAAAUACAAGUAGAGUGUACAUUUGCACUGCAUUGCAUUUAUUUAAAAAAAAAACAAUAAUGCAACUUGUGUUGUGGAUGAGUGAGUGUUAGAUCAGGCACUAAUGUAUUUUUGUGUGUGUAUGUUUGAAUAAAAAAAAAUCAUUUUAAUAAA